AUGCGGCAAAUUCAGAAAUGCAAAACCUCAAAACCCUUGUCUUCAUUAUUCAGAACUCCACCCCCAAAUCAAAUCUCAGAUCCGACAACCGCCAUUGACAAUGCCUCAAACAAGAACAACAAGAAACCAUCACCCCUUUCUUCUCUGUUCAGAAACCCACGUCGAAAUCCAGCUCCACGCUCGAAAUCCACCACCGGAAAAAUCAACACCUCCUCAAACUCAAAUAACAGUGCCCCCAAUUAUCAAAAAAUAUUCGAGCAGUACGUGAUGAAACACUGCGUGCACGGAAAAAACACCCUCUCCGAUGCCAGAUCCGUUUUCAGUGAGCUGAUCCGUAUGGAACCCUUACCCCCAAAUUUUAUGUUCAAUUAUAUAUUAGGUUUCGUUUCCAAAAAUGGUUGGUUCGCCGACGUGUUUCUUCUUUACCGCAAGAUGUCUGUUCUUGGAAUUCCACCCAACUUGUUCACUCUGAAUGUGGUGAUGCAUUGUUGCGCAUGUUUGAAAGAAGCGAGAUCUGGGUGGUGUUUGCUUGGUCAGAUGAUUAAGAGAGGCUUGGGUAUAAACGAUGCUACUGUUCAAUUCUUGGUCAAGGGUUUGUGUUCCUGUGGUGAAGCUAUGGUUGCCCUCCAAGCGUUCGAUAAAAUGUCUCAACAAGAGGGCGUCGAAGUAAAAGAUCUCAGAUACGGUAUUCUGAUCGUAGAGCUUUGCAGAGCCGGGAAAGUGGAUCUUGCAAUCGAGUUGCUUCACAGGAUGGUCGAGAAAGGCUGUUAUUCGAGCCUGCUGAUGUACAACAAGAUUAUGUACACGCUUUGCUGUGAAGGGCGGGCAGGGGAGGCCGUAAUCUUUUUCGAGAAAAUGUUGGAGAAGGGGAUUUCACCCCACGCCGUUCCUUACUGCUCUUUAAUUGUAGGGUUUUGUAAGUUGGGUGAGUUUACUGAAGUGGUGAGGUACUUUGAUCAAAUGGUUAGACUUGGAAUAUCUCCGAACGAGUACAAUUACAGCUCCUUAAUUCAAGGAUUCUGUCAGUUCAAUUUGUUGGAGGGAGCUGUAAAGGCAUUGAUUUACAUGAAACAAACGGGAGUUAUUUCUCCUGGUGUUGUGGCGUUCGGCAUAUUGGUCGAUCAUUUAUGCAAACAGGGGAAAGAGGGCGAAACCCGCGAGUUGGCUAAUCAAAUGAUUGAAUACGGCACCGAAUGUGGCGUAGCUACAUAUAACUCUCUCAUUUAUGGAUUGUGCUUAUCGGAUUCUUGCUUGGACGAUGCUAAAGAUCUGUUCAAGCCAACGGAAGAUAGAUGUACUAUUGACAAGGGAUCGACUAUAUCGGCUAUCGACAAUGCUACUGCGAUGUUUUCUCAAAUACUCGGCGAAGAUUUGAAGCCAACAAAUGCUACUUGCAGAGCACUAAUCGGAGGACUUUUCGACGCUAAGAAGAUUAGAGCUGCAACGAGAUUCUUCAACGAGAUGCAGCUUUCGAGCCCAUCUCCGAGUCCAGAUUCGGGUUUUUACAAAGUUAUGAUCAACGGUUUCUGUAAAAACGGGCUUAUUGAAGAGGCGUUGAAACUUUAUUCUAAUUUUGAGAGAGAGGGAUUUGAGCCAAGUAUCGAACUUUCGAGUAUUCUUGUGAAUGGAUUAUGUAGUGCUGGUAGAUUGGAGGAAGCUACUAAGAUGUUCGAUGAAAUGCCCGAUAAGAGCUUGGUGCCUGAUUUAGUAGUUUAUAAUUUAAAGAUCAAUGGUCUAUGCAAGAAAGGGAAACUCAGUGAGGCUAAUGAUUUGCUUCUAGAGAUGGAAGAAAAGGGUUCUUCUCCGGAUUCGGUCUCGUUCAGCACAAUCAUUCUGAGUUUUUUGGAGCGAAACGACACGGAUAACGCAAUAAGGCUUUUGGAAGAUAUGCGGAGCAGAAAUUUAAAGCCGAACGAAACGGUUGCUUCGUUGAUCAAAGAUGGGAAAUUUAAGUCGGCCCUAGAGUUGAUGAAGAACUGA